AUGAGAAAGGAGUUGGAUGAGGUCAAGAACACCAUGAAGGGGAAGACAACAAUAAACCUGGAUGGUAUGAUUAAGAGGAGCAAUUCACCCUUCACAGCUAGUGUUCUAGAGUGCCCCUUGCCUCCCAAAUUUCGUCUCCCUCAACUAAAGGUCUACAAUGGCACUAAGGACCCUCUGGACCACAUAGAAGCGUUCAAAACAAUUCUGAGCCUCCAGCAGACCCUAGAUGAAGUUAUUUGCAGGACAUUCCCAACAACCCUUAGGGGAGUAACACGGGUAUGGUUCAGUAAACUACCUGCAACGUCCAUUGCAAACUUUGACCAGUUGAGUGACUCCUUCAUCUGUCACUUCAUUGGAGGUCAAUGCCAUAAGAGACCCAGUUCCUAUCUGCUAACUGUGAAACAACAGGAAGGAGAGACCUUGAGGGAAUAUGUGAAGCGAUUUAACAAAGUAGUCCUAGAAAUUGAUGAGGCUGACGAGCGGGUGAUAAUAACAACCUUCCAGGCUGGGCUGAUCAACCCUGACCUCGUUUUCUCCCUAGGGAAAACUCCUCCGACCUCGAUGAUGGAUCUGCUGUUUAAAGCGCAAAAAUACAUGAAUAGGGAAGACGCGCUAACGGCAAAAGGACUGACAGGCAAACAAAAGAAAGACGAAGGUGCAAAGUCCCAAAGCAAAAAGAAGGAGCGUAAAGAUAAUCUUACGGAGGCUAAGACUAGAAAAAGUAGCUUGGAGGCAUCAUGGAAGAAGAAGUUGAAUUUCACCCCUUUGAUAAUGCCUGUAGACAAGAUUCUUAUGCGGAUAAAGGAUGACCCUACCUUGAAAUGGCCUAAACCACUGAGCUCGUCCUCAAAGCGAAGAGAUCCAAAGAAGUACUGCCACUUCCAUAAGGACCAUGGAUAUUAUACAAACAAAUGUUGGGAUUUGAAAGAACAGAUAGAGGAGUUGAUCCCAAGGGGAAGCUCCAAAAGUUUGUUAAAAGAGACUAUCAAGCUCGCUAGCGAAUAG